AUGGUUAUGAGUUGCAUGCCGGAUAUCCUUACACGGUCUAGAUGGCGAGUGAAGGAGGGUGGUGUAUCAUUUUGGUGGGAUAGAUGGUCAAAUAUGGAUCCUUUGGGAGAUCAGAUGCUUUUGGUUGAACAGCCUAAAAUCUUGAUCAAAGAUCUCAAAACGGACAACGGGUGGAACGAACAUCUGAUAGAGGAGCUUGUUGGGAGAGAUAAGGCGGGAGAGGUUCUUGCUACACUGGGAAAAAUCGAGACAGGCAAAGACAGACUGGUUUGGACUAAAAGCUUGGAUGGACAAUUUACUACAAAAAGUGCUUGGGAAGAUACAAGACGUCAGGGGCAUAUAUCACAGUGGCAUGAAUGGAUUUGGCACCCAACUCUACCAAAGAAGAUUUCAUUAAAUAUGUGGUUGGCCAUGAAGGGAGGUCUCUCGGUGGAUGACAGCAUUCGAAAAGUGGGUAUCCCCAUUGUAUCGAAGUGGAAAAUCUCCUUUGGCAGUGUGCCUUACUGUUCUGCUUAA